GUUGUGAAUUCAAGUGCCAUUAUUGUAUGGAAAUGGAGCUCCAAUCAAAAAACAGGCAAAAACGCGUAACAAACACAGCGAAAACAAAGCCAACCGUCUGAACCAGCCCGCCGCCCAGCCAACCAACUCACACAAUCCAAUCAGAUAGGCAGCCAUUCAAUGGAUCCAUUCAUGUUGUCCAACGAUGUGCAAAUUGCACGCGUUGCCAAGAUUGGCGCCGAUGUGGCACGCCGCCACGGCAAGCAACAACAACAGCAGAGGGAUAUCAAAGGCAUAUCAAAGGGCGGCGGCGGUGUGUUAGACGAUGACAUUGAAUUCGUCUUUGGCAGCAUAUCACCGCGGGGCGGCGGCCCCACCGCCAGUCUGGGACAACACAGGCAUGUUGUAGGCUCCCAUGAGCUGGACUCACCGGAGCAUACGCAGCGCGACACAACCGAGAGCGACAACAACAUAUCCAGCUGCUCGACCCUGGACAUUGUCAACAAAGUUGAGCAGUUGUCCGUGCAACAGCUGGAGAAUCGCGUGCGUGAACUGUCGCAGCGCCUGCAACAGGCUGAGCGCCAACUUGCUGAGAGCAAUGUGGAGCGCGAUAUGUGCCACAAGCGUCUUGAGGUUGUUAGCCAAGCACACGAGUGCCGCAUCACAGAGAUGCACUGCGUAAUUGCGGAGCUGAGCAAGAAACUACGCAGCAAACAGGAGCAUAUCAUAAUGGAGGAGCAGGAACCAGAGGGGGAGGGCAGUGAGCUGAGUUAUCAGGAGGGCUCCAUAUAUAACUCUGAGUUGAAUCUAACCAAUGCGGAUGCCGAGGGUGAGUGCCAAACGGAACCGUUGGAGGAUUUUGAAGGUGCCUGCUCCAGCGCGGACAACAUGCACAUCAAGCCACAGGAUGCCAUCAACAAGGGACAGCUGGAAGCCCUGCAAGAAGAGGUACUGCAUCUACGCGCACAAAUUGCACUGCUGCAGGCCGAAAUGUCGACCAAGGAUAAAGACUCAGCUGUCGUGGAAGAUCAACCGAAUGUCAUUUAUUUUGCCUGUGAACUUGAGGCCAAUGAAAAUGGCAACAAUUGCGGUCCAAAUGAUCAGCGACUCAACGAUUUGAAUGCCUGCGUAUCUGUAACUAGCCCACAGAAGUGCGUCAAAAUGGCUGAGCGGGUAAAACUGCGUUGCGCCAGCAAGAACGAGGCAAAAGUGGAGGCCCCACCCGAGAACGAUAGCCAAACGGUGAUCAGCAAUGAGGAAAUAAAUCUGGUCGAGCAUUUGGUGUGCAAGCAAAACUCGCUAAUGGACAGCUUUAUGGCGCCUCUACAGGUCGAGCUGGAGAGACUUCAACGCAAAAUGGAGCAACUGAAGAUGCGCAAUACAUUGCUAUCACUCACCUUGGAUGAGUCCAAAGAGCACACGGAGCACCUGUAUCUGCUUUGCGGCAAAUACGAGUCAAACGCUGUGGCUCUGCAGCUGGCGCUCAAUUGCAGCGAUCGCGCCAUCGAGGCCUACGAUGUGAUGCUGGCGCUACUGGAGAGCAGGCUGGCAUUGCUCAGCGACAAGUCAGCCGCGGCCGAGGAGAGUCGCCGUGCUGUGGAAACGGUGGCGCAUCAUUUGCUGGCACGACUAGAGAGUGAAAAGAAUCUGUGCGAAAACAGCUUGGGUCCCUGGCAGCAUAAUAUUAAUCUGGGCGUUGAUAAUACGCCCAAGGGCACACGUAAAUGGUGCGACGACGACGACAAUCGUCUGCGUUAUCACGUCUCUAAGUUGAAGGGUAGACGCUCGGUCGUGCAGCAUACCAUAGUUAAUCUGGAGUCACCAUUCAGUGAUGUCUUUGAGAAGAAACGUUUGGCUCUGGAGAAAGAUCAGGAGUUGCGCGAGCACGAGCACGAGCACGACAAGGAAAAGAAGUCGCCCAUGGAUCUGGAGACGGCUGUCAUAAUGCAGGAGCUGCUUGACUUACGCGAACAGAACCAUCAGCUGAAAACUGAAAAGGAGGAGGCUGAGCGCGAGCAACAAUAUGCCAAUGAGCGUGUGAGCAUUCUGCACGAAGCGCUCAAGCAGCUGCAGUCAGACAAUCGGGUAUCCUACUCUGAGGCCGAGCAUGCUGCGCUCACAGAGCAGCAGCUGGUCGAAGCGCUGAGUCGGGAAACGGAGCUAAAAAGUCGCAUUCAAACCCUGCUGAAUAUCAAUGCCACACAAAAGGCCAACGACGAGAAGUGCGAGCAAAUGCAUCAGAAUUUGAGGCAAUUGCAAAAAUCGAAUGACCAGCUGAGCCAGCUCCUGGAGCAGAGCAAACGCAAAUAUCAAUUGCGCAUGAAAAGGUUGGAGCAAAAGGUGGCCGAAAUGCGGCUGGAGCAGGAGCAACAGCACCGACACAGAUUGCAACACAACGAACUUGUUCCUGAGACGACGUUGUAGAUGCUAGCUUGGACGCACCG